AUGGAGGAUGGAAAGAAAAGAACACGCCUUCUUUUUUUUUUGUCGUCCCCUUUUCACACCUUGGCCUCCACACACACACACACGAACACACACACACACACACACACGCGUACAUCCAAAAUGACUCCACCUUGCCUUCACUUGCUGCUCUUGUUCCACACUUGGGCCGUGGGUUCGAGUUUCGAGCUGACCCUGUUGCACACCAACGACAACCACGCGCGGAUCGAGGAGACCAGCGUGGACUCCGGGAGGUGCCCGGCCGAGGGUCGCUGCUUCGCGGGCGUGUCGCGCCGCUUCACCAAGGUGUCGGAGAUCCGCCGGAAGGAGAAGAACGUCCUGUUGCUGGACGCCGGAGACCAGUUCCAAGGCACCGUGUGGUUCAACUUCUACAAGGGAGCGGAAGCGGCUUACUUCAUGAACAAACUUAAAUAUGACGCCAUGGCGUUUGGCAACCACGAGUUUGACAACGGAGUGGAGGGUCUGAUUCAACCUUUCCUGCGGAAUGUUAAUUGCUCCGUGGUGAGCGCCAACCUGAAACCGGACGAGACUUUGGCUCCAAAGCUGAGUGGUUACUACCAGCCUCACGCCGUGUUCACUGUGGGCUCCGAGAGGGUGGCUGUGGUGGGCUACACCACCUCAGAGACCCCCUUCUUGUCACAGCCAGGACCACACUUAAAAUUUGAAGAUGAAAUAGAGUCCCUCCAGGCUGAGGUUGACAAGCUCCAGACACUGGGCUAUAAUAAGAUCAUCGCCCUGGGUCACUCUGGCUUUGACGUGGAUCAGAAAAUCGCCAAGCAUGUGAGAGGAGUCGAUGUGGUCAUCGGAGGACACACCAACACAUUCCUGUACACAGGCACCGCUCCAUCGACUGAAAUACCAGCAGGUCCAUACCCAUUCAUGGUGAGAUCUGACGACGGCAGAAACGUUCCAGUGGUCCAGGCAUACGCCUUUGGAAAGUACCUGGGCUACCUUAAAGUCACCUUUGAUAAGGCUGGGAAUGUUAUCAAAGCAGCCGGAAACCCAAUCCUCUUGGACAGCAGCAUUCCACAAGACUCCGCCAUCCUUGCCGACGUAAAGAACUGGAAGAAGGCUCUGGCUCAGUACUCGUCGCAAUAUGUCGGACAGACUUUGGUCUACCUCAAUGGCUCGUUUGAGGAAUGUCGCUUUCGGGAAUGCAACCUUGGGAACUUGAUUUGUGACGCAAUGGUGAGUCACAAUGUAAAGUACGCCGAUGAAAUGCAGUGGAAUCAUGUGAGCAUUUGCAUGUUGAACAGUGGUUCCAUACGCAGCGCCAUCGACGAGCGCUACAACAAAGGUAUCAUAACAAUGGAGGAAAUCCUGACUGUUUUACCGUUCGGCUCAACAAUGGACUUGAUCCAGAUUACGGGAAUGACGAUGAAAAAGGCAUUCGAGCACUCCGUUCGCAGAUACGGAGGCAUGCAUGGAGAAUUUCUACAAGUCUCAGGAAUCCAAGUAGAGUAUGACUUAUCAAAGCCAGCAAACCAACGAGUGGUUUCCUUGUCGGUGCUCUGCACCAAGUGCAGGGUGCCAAAGUACGAGCCGCUGGACCUGAAGAAGACGUACACCGUGGUCACGCCUUCCUACAUAGUGGCCGGCGGUGACAGCUACAACAUGAUCAAGGAAGAGACCUUGAAGCACAAUACAGGGGAUAUGGACAUUUCGGUUUUGUCCAAUUACAUCAAAGAAAUGAAACGAGUCUACCCAGCGGUGGAAGGUCGCAUCAAGUUCAGGAACUCUGCGGCGCUUGCGGCCCAAAGCCUCUGCCCUCUGCUGCUGAGUUUAUGUCUGAGUCUGCCAUUCUGGUUAUGAGGCAUUUAGGAGACUCAGGUAGGUUUUUAUCCUAGGGGCAAAUUCAAUAGCCAGCCACGGGAACGUCGGGGCUGAUUUAUUAUAAAUAUGUUCCUUACAUUUCUUGACUUUGAAGUGGGAUAUAGUUAUUUCCACCAGGCAUGUAUUAUUUGACACAUAGUUGCUAUUUAAGCCUGCACUGUACCAUGCAGUCAUCUCACGCACAUUUAGAGGCGUUGGUGGCUGUAAAUCAUGCUGAUUAGGACCAAUCGUUCGUCACCUACUGUUUGCAAGAAAAUGGACGAAGUUCGAAGUUAAAAGAACAUUUUAUCAACAUUUUUUAAAAUAUAGUGUUUUAUUUCAAUCAUUGCAUACAGUGGGGCAAAAAAGUAUUUAGUCAGCCACUGAUUGUGCAAGUUCUCCCACUUAAAAUGAUGACAGAGGUCUGUAAGUUUCAUCAUAGGUACACUUCAAGUUGUAUUUUGGUUUCAUCUGAGCACAUGACAUUCUCCCAAUCCUCUGCUGUAUCAUCCAUGUAUCCAUUUUGGUAUAAACUCAACUCGUCGUGUUUGGAGUAAGAAGAAUACUGAGUUGCAUCCCAAGAACACCAUACCUACUGUGAAGCAUGGGGGUGGAAACAUCAUGCUUUGGGGGCAGUUUUUCUGCUAAGGGGACAGGACGAUUGAUCCGUGUUAAGGAAAGAAUGAAUGGGGCCAUGUAUCGUGAGAUUUUGAGCUAAAACCUCCUUCCAUCAGUGAGAGCUUUGAAUGGUUGACCAAAUACUUAUUUUCCACCAUAAUUUACAAAUAAAUUCUUUAAAAUUCCUACAAUGUGAAUUCCUGGGGAAAAAAAAUCACGUUCUGUCCCUCACAGUUGAAGUGUACCUAUGAUGAAAAUUACAGACCUCUGUCAUCAUUUUAAGUGGGAGAACUUGCACAAUCGGUGGCUGACUAAAUACUUUUUUGCCCCACUGUAUAUUAGAUGGUAUGCAAUAGAUUAGUUUAAGUCAUAUUGUAUUUAAGACGCUUGUGAUUAAGGGUUAUAUAAAUAAACAUUGAUUGAUUUAUUCUUAUUUUUUGUAACAGAAAGUCUCCCAAUGAUUAGUGAGGGUUUUUUUUGUAAAAAAGGCGAUUAUUAUGCCCACAAUUUUAUAUCAAUGUGGGAAAUAUAUGUUUUGUGAGAUUGUUUAAUAUCAUUUGCAGAAGUAAUUGUUGUACCUGCACAUAGUUGCACUUCAUGCUACUCAAUAGUAUUUAAUGAACUAUUAAAGGCUAGAGUACUAUAUCAA